AUGCCACCCACUGGACCAGGCGACGCUGUUUCCAACUCACCGCAGGUCCUUCAGAAGCAGGCUGUCAUUGCUCAAAUUCAAGGUCAGCCAGUCACGAUACCGCCUCUUGAGACCUUUCUCCCGCCUGGUUGGCCCCUGCAUAAGAACCAACAUUAUGCCGCUUCGAAGCCGAUCAUCGAGAAAUGGAUCACAGAAGUCGUCGCGGGCAGUAAAAGACAAGUUGGCACAAUUAUGGCCGAUAUGACUGGCCUAGCCGCAUACUUCUACCCGCUCAUUGAUGAUCUGGAAGUCUUCAUAGCACUUGUCAAAUUUGUUCACUGGAUCUUCUUCUUUGACGACAGACUUGACGACGGCGACCUCGUGCAUCAUACCAAGCUUGCUAAGCAGUAUCGAGAAGACACCUCGCGACUCUGUGCACAGUGCUUUCUUCCAGAGGUACACGGAGUACCAAAUCGCACUGAGUGGCUCAACGUCAACUGGAUAGAAGAAAUUGCUGCUGUAAUCACUCCGUUGCUCGCUUUCGAACUUUUGACAGAUCAUCGCGAAGCUCUUGUAGAUGAGAUUGAUCACUAUAUCAACGCCUGCGACCUCGAGCAGCGUUACAGGAACAGCGAUGACCUGCCAUCGGUGCAAGACUUCAUGACAUUUCGCUACAAUAGCGGUGCUUGUGGCCUUGUCUUCGCAACUGGACUACCACUGAUGACAACCAACCUCUCCGCAAAAGAUCUGCAACUGGCUGGCGAAAUCUCGUGGCUGGCAAAUUGGCUCGUCCUCUACCCGAACGAGCUCAUCUCUCUGAAGAAAGAACUGGCCAGUGGUCAGCUAGAAAACUUGGUUCCAACACCAGCUGCUAGCGAAGGCCCGCAGUGCGAUCUGCAAUCCGCUAUCAACCGCACCACCAGACAAAUACAAGCAGCUGGAAUCGAACUGGACCUCGCUGAAAGCAAGUUAUUAGCAACUCUUGAUCACGCAAACGCGUCGCAGGAGAAAACUGCAGAGUUCAGCAAGCUUGCCUUCAUCUACAAAAGCUUGAUCCUGGGGAACUUGAAGUGGCAUUACGAAUCGGCGAGAUACGGCGUUGCUGCCGAUAGUAAGGAAAUCGGUGGAGCCAUUUCGUAUAUUGUUCAGGUCGGAGAUAUGUGA